AUGGCGGCCCGGACCCCGAUCCCGGCUCGUCUCGCGGCCGUUCCGUUCCCGUGGGUCUCCCACCCGCAGCCGGGCGCUGCCCGCGGCGGCCCCCGGGACGACGGUCGGCCAUUUUCUCACCUUCAGUUCCCCCCUUACUGGGGGCAUCGCAGGCCGACGCCGGCUGAGCCGCCCCGCAGCGGGGCCGUGUUGGGGCGGAGCGGGGCCGAGGGCGGCGGGCGCUGCUCGGAGACGCGCCUGGCGUUCCCGGAGCGGCCCCUGCGGCAGCGCAGCCCCGGCUUCGCCCCGGCGCCGUGCGUCCGAAUGCACGCAGACCCCCGCGUUCGCAUCUGCUCCUCGGCGAUGAAGGACAGCUUCCCCUGCCCCGAAGCCCCCCCCCCGCAGCCCGCCCUUCCCAGAGCGCAGCAGAGCAGCGACGGAGUUCUUUGUGGAGACAGGGAGAAAAUCGGGCUCCCUCCGUCAGUGCACAGCACCUCGUAUCCAGCGCACGAGGUCCGCCCCGCUGCCAGGGCGCGUCACUCCCACAGCGGAUGUGCUCCCAUUAUUAAAGGGGAUGGACGGCCCUAUUACCACACUUCUCAUCAAACGCAGUUUAAAGGUGAACACGGUCCACCUGCAAAGCCAAGUGAGAAGCACAAAUCUCGUAUUAAAUUUGGGGAUCCCAGAAGCAGUGGAUCUACGAGCGAGCAGAAGUAUGCCUACACUGCCCUGGGCAAAAGGGAGCACAGAUUCUAUGACAAGGAACGCGCUGCCUUCCAGAUCCACCACACAAACAUACGGCCAGGGGAUGGUUGCACCAGGUUCUCCACCUCGAUGUCAGAGCUCUUUCCAGUACAUAAUGCAGAGCCUGUAGCUAUUGCCUGUCUGAACAAAAACACUUCAUCCAUCCCCAGAGGUGAUGAAGACCCAGAGAGAAAUCGUGCACUGGCAAGAAUUACCACGAUGCAGCUCUUCUACCCAGAGGCUGGCAGGUGGAACUUCCCACCGAAGCCUGACUUGCUGCUGCAGAAACAUGGAAGCAAUGUCUGCUUAGGAGAUGACCUUUCAGGCUCCUGUUUCUUCAGCACAACACAGCACUCAGACUAUCAGCCACCACUGCAGCCCCAGAGGGUGACAGGAAACAGCAAGAGCCACCGUGACAGCCACAUCCCCUUCUGCUACCACAGUGAAAAUCCCAUCACCACCACCCAGGCUACGCUGGUGCCACACAGACAGCAGAAGCAACGGCUCUCUGAAGAAGUGCUACAGCAGAUGAAAUGCUCACACCUGGUGCUGCCCUGGAAGCAGCAGAAUUUCUUCAGUACCGAGCAGAAGGAUGAGUUCACACCCAAGCACAGAGACACAGCAGAAAUCCAAGCAGCAAACUGCCACGUGAGCUGCAUCCCGCUGGGGACCCUGAAAGAAUAUUGCUCCCAGGGAAAGAUCCUGUUGCAAUUUCAGACACAGAAAGUUCUGCUGGCUUUUGGGGAAAGGAUCAUUGCUUUCUAAGCCCCCCUCCAACCACUCACAGAAAUGCCUCAGG